AUGGGUCUCAGCAAGCUCAGAGAAAAACUCCACCUUCGGAAAUCAUCAGCCAAAAAACAUGUUGAAAGUUCAGCUGCUGCGGGCUCGGGCCGUGUAUCAGGCGCCCCAGCUGAGAGCCAGCGAAGCAUUGCUGAUACCACCACUGAACCAUUACUCCAACCGAAACCAGCUGGCGCGGGAAUCCAUAAUCUAUGGAACAUUGCCUACGAGAAGCUGCGCGAGGAGAACGAGACCUUGGUACACGACUAUGAAGAGAACCUCCGUGGAGACCUGGGCGCCGGCCAGGUUUCAAUGCUCAGCAGCUCGGCACCUGACAAGAGGGAGCAGGUGGUCGGAAUUCUACGCCGCAAGAUGGACGAGAUUGACCGUGAGACGUGGAAGCUCCGGUUUGGGGCCACCGAGGUCCAGGUCAAGGACUUGGCCCAGCCAGUCGUGGGCAUCAUCAGCCGGGUGAAUGAGUACAUCAGCGGCGCAGUAGCCUCGAACCCGUACGCGGCGACGGCUUGGACUGGCGUUACUCUGCUGCUGCCGCUCCUUCUCAACCCUUCAGAGCAGGCCGCCGCUCUUGCAACUGGUCUCGAGCAUAUCUCGAGUCUGAUAAACCAGAGUAGAAUGUGGGAGGAGCUUUACAUUCGACGCUACGAGUCUCCUAAGUUGUUGCCGACCGAGGCAAGCAGCAGAGACUCAUCGUUUGCGUCGUUGUCUCAUGGUGAAUACAAAACCGCGCUCGGAUCGCUCUACAAGGAGAUUCUUAGAUUCCAGCUCACGAGUUACUGCUAUUACUCCAACAACGCGGCCUUCCGUCUGGGCCUGGACGUGAUCAAGUGGAAUGACUGGAGCAAGUUACUGGACGACGUCCGCGAGAAGGAGGGCGUCUUCGCCGCCGUCAGCGCCAUCUGGCGCGACAUGAAGUACGACGAAGAAUGCGCCGCGCUGGACGCCCGGCAUCGAGAAGCCAUGCUCCGUUGGGACGCCAUCGGCGCGGACGUCACAGGGCUGCGGAAAGCGGUCGAAGAUGCCCAAAAGGAGAAGAAGCGUGCCAAGUUGCUCGACUGGCUGUGCAACAUUGAUCCCUCCGAGACGCACAACGCCGCACGUGCCAAGCAUGAGAAGGGGACGGGCGACUGGCUGGUCAGACAUAAUGAACAGUUCCAAGCCUGGAGGGAACAGCCGGGCUCAUUGCUCUGGCUGCAUGGAAAAGCUGGCUGUGGAAAGUCGAUCCUCGCAUCGACUGUCAUCAAGCAUCUGAGGAAGCGAUACUCCCCCGACCCCUUGACUGCGCUUGCAUACUUCUACUUCAGCUUCAGCGAUGCAAAGAAGCAAGGCGUGGAUGGCAUGCUCGCUUCGCUGGUCAAGCAGCUCUGCUCCCGCCGGCCCAUCCUGCCUCGCGUGAUGGACAGCCUCCACGAGUUCCGGGAAAGAGGCGAACGGCCCGACGCCAAGACACUCGAGGAGACCCUCAUCGCGGCCAUGGCCGGAUUCUCAUCGGUUCACAUUGUCAUUGAUGCGCUGGAUGAGUGUCUGGUUCUACAGGGCGAGCGGAGGCUACUGUUGGACACGGUACGUCGGAUUGUCAUGGCGGCACCAGCUAAUCUUCACGUAUUCCUUACGAGCCGGAAGGAGGUCGACAUCGAGGCGGUGCUGGGCCCCCUCUUGUCGCCCCCUUCUAACAAGCUUGCCCUUGACCUUUCUGGCGCAACAGAGAUCGUCAACCGCGAUAUCGGACUGUAUAUUGAUUCAGUUCUCGCAUCCCCUGAUUUUGAGCCGUGGCCGGAUAAUAUUAAAACGGAGGCAAGGACGAUGCUGAUCGAGCGAGCGGACGGCAUGUUCCAGUACGUGGCACAACAGUUCGAUGCCCUCAGGAACCUCUCGUCGGUGGCCCUCAUUCGCACGGCCAUCCAGGAACUGCCUGCCGGGCUCGAUGCCACGUACGAGCGAUUGCUGCAGAACGUUGACCCCAGAUUCCAGCCUCAGGUGGCAAGCUCGCUCCAGUGGUUGGCGUUUUCCCACGAGGUUCUGCGGCUCGAGGAGCUUGCAGAGGUCUUUAUCCUCCGCCCAGACAGAGAAACGGCGUUCGACGAGGCGGAUAGGCUUUUCGAGCCGAGGCACGUUCUCAAGUACUUCUCCAGCCUGGUGGUUACCGAGGGCUCCAAGUCGGAUGACGGGUCCGAUUGGGAUGACAGCCUUGACUCCGACUCCGACUCCGACUCCUACGUCCCCCUCUUCAGCUUCGGCGACGAAUCGGAUGAUCGUCAACGUGACGCCGGGAGCGGCAUCUAUGUCAGACUCGCACACUACUCCAUCAAGGAGUACCUGAUCUCGCAGCGUAUUACCCAGGGGCCGGCGGUAGUCUUCGCAUUCAGCGAAACUGAGGCCCAUCUGCACAUUGCGCACUCGUGCCUGGCCUACCAUCUGCAACACUGCGCAGGGAAUGAGAGUCAGGCUGCCGGAACUGGGCGCCUCUGGUUGCGCGACUACGCCGUCCACCACUGGCCGCAGCACCUUGAACUGGUCCCACGCGAGUUGUGGCUGCCGGAGAUCGCCGAAGCUGCUGCCCGCGCUCUGGCAGCGGGGAGCCGCAGCCUGCACCGGAUGAUGCAGGUGAAAGAAUUCCGACCCUGGGUUGAUGAUCCGGGAGAUGAACCCGGCGAACACAGCUACUCCCGGGAGAACGCCAUGAUGCGACACCCGCAGUGGCUCACAGCACGCAUGGGCUUUGUUCAGCUGACCGACAUGCUCCUCUCGUUGGACAAGUACCCGACCCAGGAGAGUCUGGACACGGCGCUGGUGGAAGCGGCAUACGGGGGCCGCACUGCCGCGGUGGAAUUCCUCCUCGACAGAGGCGCCAGCUUGGACGCCACGUGCGAGCCUCUUGGACUGGACGCGUUGCAGGCAGCAGCAUACAGGGGCCACCGGCAGACUGUAAAGACGCUGCUCAGCCGCGGUGCCAAUAUUGAUGCGCAGAACGGUGGUUUCGGAUCGGCACUGCAGGCGGCAUGCGCCGGAAACAGGCCGCGCAUCGUUCGACUCCUGCUGCGCCGCCGUGUGAACGUCAACCUUCCGCCCAGUCAUGCCGGCAGCCUGGUGACGUCGGCCGUACGCUACGCGUCUGAGUCUGAGUCUGAGUCUGAGUCUGAGUCGGUCGAAAUCCUGCAGCUGCUCCUCGACAAGGGCGCCGUCAUCAACGCCGCUGGGGGCAGCAAUGCCGCAAACAAGGAGACGCCUCUGCAUGCAGCGGGAUCGAGAAUUCAUAGCAGACGGCGCCACUUCCGCUUGCUCGUGGAACGCGGCGCUGAUGUCAACGCGCCAGGAGGCGAGUAUGGGUACCCGCUGCAGGCGCUAUCCAGUUCGGAACAUGGUGGCACGCGUGGAGAAAUCCAGCUGCUGCUCGACAAGGGCGCCGAGGUCAACGCACGCGGCGGGAAAUACGGGAGUGCUCUGCAGGGCGCGUGCCAUCACAACCACAUGCGCAUCGACGGCACGAGCGUCGUGGAGCUUCUGCUCAACAGAGGCGCCGAUGCUCAUGCUCAAGGCGGCCAUUUCGGGACCGUGCUGCAAGCCGCUUGUACAUCCAAGCCGUACGCCCGAGACUUAGUACGCCUCCUGCUGGAAAGGGGUGUAGACGUACACGCUCAAGGGGGUUACUUUGGAAACGCGCUGCAGGCGAGCUGCUACCACGGAAACUGGGACGUGGCGGAGUUGCUUCUGGACCUCGGCGUGGACGUGAAUGCGUCUGGAGGCGAGUAUGGAAGCGCACUCCAAGCUGCGGCCGCCUCUGAAGCCGGCGACUCCGACAAGAAAAAUAAAAUCAUGCGACUGCUGCUCGAUAGGGGCGCUGAGGUUAACCACCUUGGGGGACGGUACGGCACGGCACUCCAAGCCGCGGCCUUUAACAACGACACCACAAGAGUACAGCUGCUGCUCGAGCACAGCGCUGACAUCAACCUGGUUGGUGGGGAGUACGGCACGGCACUGCAGGCCGCGUGCGCCCACAGCAGUCCCCUAUGGGACACAGGUGAUCCUAAACUUGCGCUUUUUCUGAUUGAGAAAGGCGCUGAUGUGCAUGCUCAAGGGGGUCACUUUGGCAGCGCCUGGCACGCGGCAGCGAGCUACCGAGGUACUAAGUGGGAGACGGUGCUUCAGCUGAUGCUCGACCGCGGCAUCGACGUCAAUGACCCGCGAGGCGUACAGCACGGGACAGCCCUGCAGGCGGCGAUGGAACCGUUAUGGAGCAACGAGGACAGGACCAAGAGGAUCCGGUUCCUCCUUAACAGAGGGGCCAACGCCAACAUCCAGGGUGGCAAGUAUGGCUCUCCGCUGCAGUCUGCAUGUGUCUGCGCGUACAAGCAAUUCAGCCACUUGGAUAUCACGUUCGCCGGCGUCAAGUCCCUGCUAGAGAACUGCCCAGACAUCGACGUCAACGCCCAGGGCGGCGUGUACGGGACGGCAUUGCAGGCCGCGGCGUACUGGGGUCAGAAGCAAGCGGUACGAGAGCUGCUGCUGAGCGGAGCCCACUCCAAUCUCCGCGGCGGCAAGUAUGGCAGCGCCCUGAAUGCUGCUGUCAUUAGCGGCGCUUGGGAUGUGGUCGAGCUGUUGCUUGCUUCUGGGGCGAGGCCGGAUUGCCAGGUGCUACCAGCGCCCGACGAGGACUGGCUUGCAACGGUUUGCGAAGAGGACGGCCGGGCCGCUGUAGAGCGAUACCGUGUGUUCUGGGACAAGUGCCUUAGGUUGUCCUGAGCCGUUGCAGCCGUGGCCUGUUUGGCAGCUGCUGUUUGGAGCGUCUGGAUCCCUCCAUCGCCGCGAUAGCAGUUCCCGCAUGGUUGAAAGGAGGCGGGCUCCAGUCGAUACCUAGAGAUUAAACCAGCGCUUGGCGGGUUGACUGUACUGCAAAUUUCGCGACGAGUGUACUGAUAGAGUCGCGCCUUGUCCUGUUUUCGGUCCCGGAGCCCACGUCGGAACGAAACAAUGACCGGUUUGUUGCCGAACCGUGGAUGGCCUGGACGCGUCCAACUCUUGUUUGUUAGACCUCGGGAAACGGAGGAACGUGUUCGGCGUAGCUGAGGCACGACGGGUUUUUCAUAGCUGGUGGCGAUCUGACAAAAUACCUUGGUCGCCUCUGUUUUACUCGCGCUACCACGAGGCCCUGUUUUGAUGCACUCAAUGUUGUAAUUGCGUGAAUUUGAAGGAUAGUGAGAAAUGAAAUGUGGCUACCGUACAAGUCGGAGGUUGUGUCG